AUGUCUGACAAGGCUUCAUAUAUCGUGGCAGAUGCGUUUCUUGACGCAUUGGCAGAGGCCGGCGUCGAUUUUCUAUUCACAGUACUUGGCUCUGAUCACCCAAGUAUCAUUGAGGCAUAUGUGCGCCGACAAAAAUGUCUGAAAAAGCAGUUUCCCCGUAUGGUACUGUUCCAACAUGAGUUUGCCGCUAUGUCUGCAGCUGAUGGCUAUGCCAGAAUCACGCAGCGACCCGCGUGUGUAAUUGCGCAUGUGGACGUUGGUACCGCUGCGCUGGGGCAGGGCUUGCAUAAUGCGUCCAGUGGCCGCGCCCCUGUCAUCAUCUUCGCAGGAGUGGCCCCCUCAACCCUUUAUGGGGAGGCCCCUGGGUCUAGAUCGGAGCAUGUUCAAUGGUAUCAAGAUGUUCAGAACCAGGCUGCCAUUGUGGCUCCGUAUAGUCGAUACAGUGCAGAAAUCAAGUCUGCCAGCCAUGUACAAACAGUCGUCCAUCGAGCUGUCCUCAUGGCCACCACAGGAUCUCCAGGUCCAGUCUAUCUCACUGCGACCCGAGAGAUCUUGGCCCAGCCGAUUGAGUCUCUAGAGCCUCGACAGCGACCUAUCCCAUCCUGUCGGCUCGGAGGCCUGUCGGCAGAUGCCAUUGAAUUGAUAGCUAAUGCACUGAUUGAAGCCAAAGCACCCCUGGUUAUCACAGGAUAUCUAGGACGAAACCACCAAGCAGUGAAGAACCUGAUUGCUCUCGCAAACCUCAUCAAAGGCAUUCGGGUCUUCGACUCGGAAAUCCGUGAGGUGUGCUUCCCGGCUGACCAUCCAGCCUGGGUGACACGAGGCACUGGCGCAGCCAAAGUCGUGCAGAAUGCCGAUGUCAUCAUCGUCGCUGAUGCAGAUGUGCCCUGGAUCCCGACCAAGGUCAGGCCAUCGCCAUCUGCUCAGAUCUUCCACAUUGAUCUUGACCCACGAAAGGAGAAGAUGAACAUCUUUGACAUUGGUGCCACGGCGACAUUCCUUGCUGACAGUGGCGCUGCUUUGGCGCAGCUAACCGAGUACAUAGAAAAGUCCGGCAAGGUCUCAGCCGAUACAUACGCCGAGCGAUGGGAAGCUGUCAAGGCCAGUUUCGCAGAAGGUCAGAAACUGGUUUCCGACCGUGCGUUGAAGGCGUUGGAAACACCAGAUUCUCCAGCCACUGUUGAUUUCUUGUUGCAUUCUCUCCGCUCUGUUGUACCGUCCGACACAUUCUUCGUUUCAGAUUCUGUCACCAACCAGGUUUUACUCAGCGAGCAGCUCCGUUUCACUCGGCUAGGAUCACAUAUGACAAAGGGUGGAAGUGGUCUCGGCUGGGCCGGUGGUGCUGCUGUUGGCGUGAAGCUCGCAACGAAGCUUUACGAUCUGACUGACCGGCCGAACCCUCGUCGCAAGGACUCAACCGAUGAUGCCGGUCAAGAAGACCCUUUUGUCUGCAUGAUCACGGGCGAUGGUAGCUUCGUAUUCUCAGUCCCCUCCGCUGUAUAUUGGGCAAGUCACCGACACAAUUGUCCCUUCCUCACAGUUAUCUUGAAUAACGGUGGAUGGCGUGCCACCCGUCAGUGCAUUGUGGAUGUCCAUCCGCAAGGUGUUGCCUUUGACACUACUAAUGAGGAUCUGGGGAUUUCACUUGAACUUGACGGGCCGAAUUAUGGCGAAAUCGCCAAAGCCGCUGCCAAUGGACACCUGUGGACGAAGAGAGUCAGUCGCGUGGCGGAUUUGGAGCAAGCCCUGAUCGAAGGCAAGAAUGUAGUCAUGGAGCAGAAGAUCUCUGCUGUCAUCGAUGUGAUUGUUAAAUGA